ACCGGCAGCGCGAGCGCCAUGCCUGGUCUCACGGCGCCUUCGACGACGACGAGGACGAGCCGCUGCAUGCGGCCGGCAAGCGGCAGAGAGUCUCGUCUGCUGGCGGCUGCCGCAGCCUCCUGACCGCUCCGCCCUCGCAGGAGCAGGUAGUAAUGACGGCCGACGACGACAUCAUCACGCCGCGAGACGUGCGCGAGCGGUGAGUUGACGCCCCUGGCGCCAGUAGAACGCGCCCAUGCUGACGCCGCGCAGACCUCGAGGACUGCCGCUGGCUCCUGCAGCGCCUCACACGGCUCACUUUAUGACACCGUCAUCCGGCCCGCGAGCGCUCGUGCGGCCUCGUGCACCUCUGCCGCCUUCGGCGUUCGCGCCGUCCUCCAGCUUGCCGGCGCCCGCGCUGCUGCCGUUCGGAGCAGCGCCGCACUACCGCUUGGCUGCCACUCUGCCGCUGCCGCCGGACUACGCCACGCUGCUCGCGCUGCACUCGGCGCUCGAGCACGCCUUGAUCGCACACCUGGCCGUGCAGGGGCCCGGAGGCUCGCUCGCGCCCGCGUCGCCCAUCUCGCCGGCCGGCACGCAAGACCGCACCGUGUCGAUGCACUCGCUCCUGCCCUACGCGACGCUCCGGCCGCUGGUAGAGCGAGCGUCCGGGCGGCGCCUCGGGCCAGGCGAGCUUGCGCGGCUGCUCACGCUCUGGGGCGGGCCCGACGCAGACGAUGGCAUCGGCCUCACCCUCUCGCGCGUGCGUGCGCUCGACUCGCGCGGGCGCAAGAGCCAGGACUGGGCCGUCGGCAUCCGCGUGCGCCUGCUGCGGCGCCGACGCGAGGUCACGCCUCCGCUCUCGGCCUUCUUUGGCGCCGUCAAGGCGCCCACGACGCCCGGACGCGGCGGCGGCGACGAGCGAGCGGGCGAGGCCGCGCGCGAGGGCAUGAGCGUCGUGGCGCUCUGGAACACGGGCCUCGAGGCGCGCAAGGCGGCCGUGCGCGAGAAGCUGUUGGGCUGGACGGGCAAGGCGCACGAGGCGUGGCUGGAACAGCAGGGCUUUGCACCGCAGGACGAGCCUCGCAAGCAGCCGCAGAGCCGGCCGAGCACGCCGGAGCCUAGACCGGUCGUCGAGGGACCUGGCGGUCUGCUCACCCCGGGCGCCACGCGCGAAGGCGAGGGCAACAAGCGUGCCUCGCGCAUCGUGGACCUCGGCUUUGGCACGGAACCGAGCGCGACAGCAGCGGAGAAGAGCGCGUCCGCUGGAUGGACACGCCCAGCUCCGCACGAAGAGCUCGCGGCCUGGCACGCGUCCUUUCCGCUCGAGCUCGUGCCGCCGAUUCCCGCCAGCGAGCUGCCAGCACUGCUGCCCAGCACUACGAUCGUCCAGCCCGCGCCAGCCCGCAAGGUCGCUCAGGAUCCGCUGGCGGACGAAGAAGCUGCAAGCGGCAGCACGCUCGUGCCUGGACCCGCGCCACCGGUCAAGGCACUCACGCUCGAAGAGCGCAUCCGCGCCAAGGAGGCUGCACGCAAGGGCGCCCGGCCAGUCCUGCCGGCGCGCUCACGAGUCGGCGGGCCGAGUGCUUCCUACGUCAGCGACGCGAAGCGCAGCACGAUGGCCGGCUUCAAGCGGCGCUCCACGCUGUCGCGCCUCUCGGCCAUCGCCGAGGGCGUGUAUCUGCUCUUCACCUCUUCGCUCCCGGCGGCCGGCACGUAUGGCGGAGCACGCAGCGGUAUGCUGCCUCUAGCCGACGUGCUUGGCAGCGUCACCAAGAGCUCGCCGGUGGCGCUGUCGCGAGCAGAGGCGCGCGAGGCGCUCGACAUGCUGCGCGACCUGGCGCCCGGCUUCCUGGGCCUCAGCAGCGUGGGUGGGCGCGAGUGGGCCUGUCUGGAGGGCCGCGAGCUGCGCGAGGUGCGCGAGAAGAUCCGCGAGGAGCUGGCCGCGAUAUAAUACCAUUGUUUCGAGAGAGACAGAAUACAGUGUGACACUGCGCGCCGGUCCGGUGACGUGCGGGAGCCUGCUACCACUUGCCCUCUCCAAACUCGCCCGCGCUGCCGGCCGCCUUGGCGGUGCCCGAGCCGUGCCAGUCGCGGUCGCCGACGCUGCCGACCAGCGUGCUGCCGCUGGUGCCCGACGCAAUGCUGCCGGCGUAGCC